GGAAAUUUGCUUUUCGAAGGAAAACCAGUGGUUCAGGGUGGAUACUAUUGGCGUCUUCGUUAGGAUUGUCGGAAUCACUGUCCCUGGUUCUUGGUCACAGACGUCGAAGCCCUGGGCGAUGAGGCGCUUCCACACCUCGACCUUCUCCGAGUCGAAGUCGCUGUCGAGGAGGGCCGAUGUGCUCACGUCCUUCGGGCCGUCGUAGAGUUUUUCCACGUCUACGGAAAAAUCAGCUUCAGAUUACAGGGAAGCACGAGAAGGGGAGGAAGCGUGAGUCUGCAUAAAGCUUUCCUAUUAGCAGGUUUUGCUUCCUUGGUUGGAGAGGAUCUGGGGAGUGCCGGCUUAAGGUUGGGAGGUUGAGGAAUGGCUGGUGGAGGUGGUGAGGAAGGUUCGAGGACUUUGAUACAGACGCCAACAUGGGCAGUUGCUCUUGUCUGCGCCGUGAUCAUAGUGAUCUCCUUACUGUUGGAGAAGGGCCUUCAUCAUAUUGGAGAGUGGCUUACGUCAAAGCAAAAAAGGGCUCUUUAUGAAGCUUUGGAGAAGGUUAAGGCGGAGCUUAUGAUUCUUGGGUUUAUCUCGUUGCUGCUAACUUUUGGGCAGAACUACGUCGCCAAAAUAUGUAUCCCUGAAGGUGUGGCCAACACUAUGCUGCCGUGUCAUGAACCAGAAAAAACUACUGGCCAUAGACGAUUGCUGGACUUCCCAUACACAAGCAUGACAUCAUCUCACAGAAUCUUAGCCGGUGCUGCAACUCCAGUUACAUGUAAAGAGGGAAAAGUGCCACUUAUUUCUACUGGAGCAAUCCAUCAGCUGCACAUUUUCAUUUUUUUCUUGGCAGUGUUUCAUGUGGCAUACAGUGCAUCAACGAUGGCCCUUGGGAGGGCAAAGAUCCGCAGAUGGAAAGAAUGGGAGAAAGAAACUGUAUCCCCAGACUAUGAGUUUUCUAAUGAUCAAUCAAGAUUUAGGUUUACUCAUGAAACAUCAUUUGUGCGGCAACAUACAAAUUUUUGGACUAGAAUCAGACUCCUGUUCUAUCUUGCAUGUUUCUUCCGUCAGUUCUUCAGGUCGGUCAGGAAGGUGGACUAUUUGACUAUGCGACAUGGCUUUGUUGCAGUCCAUCUAUCUCCUGGUGCUAAGUUUAAUUUUCAAAAAUAUAUUAAAAGAUCCUUGGAAGAUGAUUUCAAGGUUGUGGUGGGCAUCAGUCCUCUUCUCUGGGCAUCAGCUGUAAUUUUUUUGCUUAUCAAUGUCACAGAGUGGUAUGCAUUGUUCUGGGUAACCCUACUUCCCUUAGUUAUACUAUUGGCUGUUGGUACUAAACUGCAAGCAAUUAUUGCUCAAAUGGCACUCGAAAUCCAAGAGAGACAUGCUGUAGUACAAGGAAUUCCUCUUGUACAACUCAGCGACAAACAUUUUUGGUUUAGUAAACCACAAUUGAUAUUGUCACUCGUGCAUUUUACACUGUUUCAGAACGCUUUCCAGAUAACAUAUUUCUUCUGGAUUUGGUACGAAUACUCGUUAAAAUCUUGCUUCCACGAAAAGCUUGAACUUGUAAUUGGGAGGGUCGUCCUUGGAUUUUUUGUUCUGUUUUUAUGUAGCUACAUCACUCUUCCUUUGUACGCGUUGGUAACCCAGAUGGGUUCACACAUGAAGAGAUCCAUCUUCGACGACCAGACGUCGAAGGCCCUCAGGAAGUGGCAGCAGGCUGCGAAGAAGAAGCAUGAGAAGCCUACUGGUGGAAGCCCCAAGGCAUCACCAGAGCACAUUGAGCGUGUAAUGACUACCGGUCGCCAGGCCCGCUCACGCUCAAUACGCUUGGGUGGAAGUAGAACAUACUACUCGGACCACGAAGUGUCUGAUAUAGAGGCCGAUCCAUCUCCAAGGUUGCCGUCCGGUGGUGGGAAUCAUGACAUUCGGCCAAGUGAAGAGCAGCAUCCCAGGGAUAAAACCAAGGGCGAGGAUGACUUCUCCUUUGCAAAGGCCUAAGGUCUUCAUGGAUUCUCUACUGUGCAAAUGUACUCCCAAGCUCAUCAUUUCAUUUCUUGUCUCUACUGUUCCCUCCCAUUCGGGUGUGCCCUCACCAGCUAAUCUCUCUCUCUCUUUUUCUAUAUAUACAUAUAUACACUUGCGAAUCAUUGGAAGUUCUCGCUUUUGUGAGAAUGUAAUGUAGCACUGGUGAGGUGGUGAUGCCGAUUGGUGGACAGAACAAUGUUCGAAGAUCUUUGAGGCAGUUUGUUGCUUCAAAUGAAAUGCGAGAUCAUCUUCUUAUCCA